AUGUCAGCCAAACACUUCAUCAACGACCCCGCCCACUUACUCUCUUCAGCUCUCCAAGCACUUACCUUUACAAACCCCUCUAUCGCCCUUGACGUCACCAACAAAAUCAUAUACAGACGCCCCGGGUAUGCUUCCCAAGUCUCCAUCAUUUCCGGUGGAGGAAGCGGCCAUGAACCUAGUUUCGGAGCGUUUGUUGGGGAUGGGUUACUCUCUGCAGCAGUCGCGGGGACGAUCUUCGCUUCUCCGUCGGCAGAGCAAAUCAGGAGAGCUAUCAUGUCACGAGUUGAUGGCGAGAAGGGGAUCUUGGUAACGGUUAUGAAUUAUACGGGCGAUGUGCUUAAUUUCGGCAUGGGGGUGGAAAAAGCCAAGGCGGCAGGACUACAAGUUGAGAUGGUGGUAGUUGGUGACGAUGUUGGGGUUGGAAGAAAAGCAGCUGGGAAGGUUGGACGGAGAGGAAUCGCUGGAACAGUGCUGGUUCAUAAGAUUUCUGGUGCGUUGGCUGCACAGGGGGCGAGUUUGGAAGAUGUGUAUAAGGUGGCGAAGUUGACGGCGGAUAAUAUUGUUAGUGUUGGGGCAAGUCUUGAUCAUGUCCACGUACCAGGAAGAGCAUCCCCCGAUCCGAAUUCGGAGGAAGUUUUGGCGGAUGAGGAGGUUGAGAUUGGGAUGGGCAUUCAUAAUGAGCCGGGCAGUGGAAGGGCGAAGGUUGAUCUUCCUGAGAUGGUCAAGAGGAUGCUUCUACAGAUGCUCGACCAGAAAGACCAGGAUCGUGCUUUUUUGAACGUCAAUUCAAACGAAAUUGUCUUAUUGAUCAACAACCUUGGAGGCGUCAGUGUCCUAGAGCUCGGAGGCAUCACAGCAGAGGUUGUUAAUCAACUGGAAAAGACCUACAACAUCAAGCCUGUGCGAAUCUUAGCCGGAACAUACAUGACAAGUCUUAACGGCCUCGGCUUCAGCAUAUCUAUCCUUAACGUUGUUAACACGAAUAUUGGCGGACCAAGCAUGUUGCAGCUACUAGAUGCUCCAUCCGAAGCAGCAGGCUGGGCAGCACCAAUCCGGAAAGAGAGCUGGGAAGCAAAGUCGAGCCAAACAAGAGAAGAUUCAGCUUCAAGUAGCGAGGAAACUAAGCCAAGUGGGCUGAAACUCAACCCCGAGACGAUGAAGACGGUCUUAGUAGCAGCGUUAGAAAGAGUCAUUGCAGCUGAGCCAGAUGUUACAAAAUACGAUACGAUUGUCGGUGAUGGCGACUGUGGUAUUGGCUUAAAGAGAGGCGCCGAAGCUGUUCUAAAACUGAUCUCAGACACGAAGCUUUCCGGCGACGCAGUUCUCGAUCUCUCCAAGAUCAUCUAUGUUGUGGAGAACACAAUGGACGGGACCUCAGGAGCACUCUACGCCAUUUACCUCAACGCCCUAGUCCACUCACUCCGGCAAGCCUCAGCAGGAGACGCAACUCCCAAGGUCUGGGGUGCAGCACUAAAGCAGGCCUCAGAAGCUUUCUCCAAGUACACACCUGCACAGCCUGGAGACCGAACGCUGGUCGAUGCGCUGCAUCCAUUUGUGGAGACUCUGAACAGCACUGGGGACGUGAAGAAGGCUGCAGAGGCUGCGAGGAAAGGUGCCGAGGGGACCAAGGGAAUGAAGGCUAGUUUGGGCAGGACGGUUUACAUUGGUGGAUCGGGGUUUGAACAGGUGCCUGAUCCUGGAGCCUGGGGACUCAGCGAGUUCUUCCUUGGGCUGGCUGAAAUUAAAACGUCGGAGCCUGGAUAUGAGAUGAUUUGA